UUCAGAUCCGAGUGGUGCAUGUAGAUAAAGACCUGAAGCCAGUCAUCAAACCACUGACAGUCUACAUCGUGAAUCCAAAAGAGUCAAAGCUAGAGGAGUUCAGAGAUACAGCUUCACGGACAGUGCUUCCAAAGUUUGCGGUGACUGUGAAGGCAAGCCCUGGAUACAUCGUAUCUGAGAAAGGAACAACAGGCUGUUCUGUCACAGUGGAAGCAAUAUACACGUACGGGAGAGGUGUCCAAGGAAAGUGUCACUUGAUUCUCUCUAUGGAUAACUAUGGGGAGACAAUCCGUCUGCAGGCAUCAAAACAGCUAGAUGAGGCUGGUAAAGCAGAGUUCUUAGACCUGGAGUGGAGCAGGUUUGCCAGAAACAUACACAGAGAUGAGUUCACAGUUCAAGUCACAGCUUCUGUCACUGAUGAGACGGGUCGCACAGAAGCAGGUCAGACAAGUGUAGUGUUUUAUGAGCACAGCGUUAAAGUGGAGAUCUUGCCGAAGACAACCAGAGUGUUGCGGUCUGGCAUCCCUGCUGCCAUUUUUGUGAGGGUGUCAGAUCACUCAGGAAACCCAGUGGACCAGGCAGAGGUGGAGCUGGAGACUCGCAUUCCUGGCAUGAAGUCUGUUGACACCAAAUUAGUGGUGGCUCCAGGUGAAACAGAUGUUGUCUACCACUUCACCCCCGAGCUACAAGCCCAGGAGGAGCAGAAAUACUUUUACCAUCAUGACUCUGCUGGCACAGUUGUGGCCAAACUGACCUCUAACCAAGAAGUCAUGUCACAUUUGUCUGUCUUCCUCUACCAGUCCAGAAACAACAGUGUGAUUUCUGUACAACCAGCUGAUGACAAG